AUGCCUACUCGAUCAAGUAAUGCUCACGAUCCAGCCACGAAUGUGUUGGAAAAAAUACGCAAAGCUUUACAACACACAGCAUUGUCAACCGUUAUAGCGCCGUCAUAUGCAACUAGUUGCAUUCCGCCUUUAACCAUUGAGAGAGAAGAAGCUGAAAAACAAUUUGAUACCAAGAAAUAUGACGAAAUAAAGUCAUUUCUCUUCAAUGGAUACCAUGGGUCGACGCAAUUGAGUAGUAGCCAACACCGACUACUAGAGCUUCGAUCAAAGAUUGAGGGAAAGGAGAUAUCAGCGUUCUUGCAGCAAACCGAUGUUAUGUCAUCGAAAAAGCAGAAAACGUCUAGUUCGUCUCAAAGGAAGAAUCUCUUUGCUGAUCGAAACCUGGAUGUCACAGAAGCUGAAGAUGGAAGUGACAACGUCAUCGAAAUCAAACAACCUAAUGGAUUCAAAAAAUUAAUUCACUCUGAUCUUCAGAUGGAGGAGCGGUCAUACGAUGAUAUUAAUGCAGCUGGGCCGUCAGAAGCUGACGUAGAAAUGGCUGAUAUUGAUGCCGAAGAUCAAGAAGAACCAGCCAAACUUAUAGACGAUGUGCCGGAUCCUUGCCCAUCGCCUUCUGCCAUUGUCUCUAAUAGGCCUGAUGACACCCCUACCUUUUCAAAAGAAUUAGACGAAGAUAUCAGUGCACAAGACGACUCAAAAAUGGACUGCGUAAUGAUAUCAGAAGAAUGUGUUCAUACACAGGAAAUACCCAAUGAUGACACCAACACUGCUGCAACUCCAGUAGACAAAGACAUGUCUUCUUUGAACAAUAACAAUGAGUUUAUCUCCAUCAAUGCAAAAGAAACACUACAUAGUGAGAAGAACUUGUCAUUGGAGGACCAUACCAGCCAACAACAGAAGAAUGAAGUCAGCGAAGCGAAGUCGUUGGUCGCCCUUGAGACCGAAGAGGCGGAUCCAACUCAGCCACCUGCCGGCUCGCAUUAUAAACCUAUAUCUCCUCCGGCCAGCAGCGUUCCAGCUGAGAAUUCAUUCACAACUCAUGAGAUUGUCGAAGUAGAUACCAUCGCUAAUACGCUGAACGAGGACUCGACAGAAACAAUGAAAGAUAGUUUUCCAAAGGCUCCAACCACAAUGGCCAUGAUGGACGAGAGCAAUAAUGAAGGUUUGGAAGAAAGCCAUACUGAUCAUACUACUUCAAAUGAGGUAGAUCAGAUUAUCAUAUCUGAGCAUGAUGUGAUAACCUGGAAGGAUCAAGGACAAGAUGCCUUGAACUAUCUGAACGACUUCAUAAGCUUCCUUCAGAGGAAAGAAAACGAGCUAAUGCAAGAUUUACAUCCUGACAUUGCAAUCUCUCUGAGUGAUACAAAUUCAUCAUUUGGAGAUAUCGCGUACUUCAUACGCGAAGGCGACCAACUUUUGCUCUCGGUCGCCGCUACUAGAAAAAUUUCCACACUAGUUCGAAGAGCAAAUAAGCACAACCAGCUACCAAAUGUCGAAGGCGAGGAUUUAGGGUGGAUACUAAAGAAACUCGAGAAGAAUGUUCGUAUCGGCUGGACGUCUUUACAAGCAGAAAAUCAUUCCAGCCAGGAACAAGUUCAUUAUAGACAUAUGGACGACUUGGACAUUCCUAGCUUGGAGCACGCCAUCAACUGCACCUUGUCUGUCUUUAGUAUACUGACGUCAACCAAACUGGACAAGAAGCUAUAUGCCGAAGAAGUUAUUACAUCAUGUUUAGUUUUGACCAAGGCAUUACUUACGGACAUAGUUUCCCCUGCUUAUGAUAGCUGGAAUAAUGUCGAUAACGAUUUUGCUGGGACAGCUUCCAAUGAACAUUGCGAGUCUCAUGAUCAUCACCGCCAAAUGGUCGCAAAGUUUUCAUUGCAUUUGUCCGCAAUAUAUCGCCAAAUUUAUCGCUUUAUACAGCAAGAGGACCUGUCUGAGGAUAUGAUUAUUACCAUCAGCUAUAUAAGCAUACCCCCCUUCUUUUUUGACACGGAGAGCACGAUUGAAAGUAGGAUGUCGCUGUUGCAGGCGGAAACCGAGGACAACUUCAUAGAUGCCAUCAAAGUUAGUGCAAUGGAUGUUCUGCACUCCGUCUUUAGCAAAUACCCUAGGCACCGGAACUGGAUUCUCGAUGAAAUUUUGGCUAAUAUCAUUCAUGUUUCGACCGAUGGAGAGUUUAAAAAUCGAUACCGUACAGCGAGCGGAAAAUCCAUACAUGCUAUCAGUGCGCUUUUGUUACAGACUGUUCAAUGCUGUACCGACACUGACCGAUCCAAUGAAAGAAGCUGGACGCAAAAAUGGGAACUAAAGCACCAAAAGAGUAACGACAAAUCAGCUAAACUGGAGGAGUCCUUCAUAAACAAGGUUCUCGCAACCAGCACAUCAGGAAUCGAAGCGUGCAUACAUAUCUGCCACACACUAUUACAACAAUUAUUGGACAAGAGCGUGAAAAAACCGUCUGAAGAUCAGUCAUCGGUGGAAUACAGAAAGAUUUUGGAUAUGAUCAUUAUGGACUCCCUAAAAGUAUUAGAUGAACCGGAGUGGCCAGCAGCGGAAGCAAUUGCUCGAGUGUUUUCGACGAUUUUGAUUAAUUAUAUUGAUGCUGGGACGAAGGAUGUUCAGAAGAGGAACAUUGCGCUUGAGUACUUAGGAGUACUAGCAGGACAUGUUUACAGUCAUGCAACUGCCGAAGACGACGUUUACGAGCACUUUCCAACAAAUCGCUCUGAGACCGACUUUCCUUUACUAGACGAUGAGAUCAAUACCAGCCACAUUAAGCCAGAUCGAAGUUUGGAAAUUGCCCAGUAUCAUAAGAUGAUCAUUGACUACUUGGAAAGUCGCGUUGAAACUGAUACUAUCUCUACGAUGGCUAUCCAUUAUUACUUUUGUCAGUGGGGAUAUGCUUUCGCCUCUUUGUGGAAAAAAAUGAACAAAAAGUUGGACGAGAAUGAUGCAGAUCAUUCCCAAGGACGAGGAGAAACACAGAGUAUGGUCUACCAACAUACGAAGUUCAUAUGGGACCUAUUGCUUGAAGAAAGGCGGACAGGAACUGUACUGGAGAAGAGUUUGCACGACAUACAAGACAUAAAGGCUGCCGUGAACACCUUAUUGUUGGAGAGACCACUGUAUCAAAGCUAUCAAGCGAUGCUGUCGCGGAUUUUCUCAUCGCUUGACAUUGAAUCAGUGUCAAGUAGAGCAGUAGCUUUACGUGCGCUGAUUAAUCUGUCAUCAAAAAAUGUUUCAUUCAUGGAAAAGCAACAAGUGAAAAUGGCCAUUAUUAGGAGAAUGCAGGACAUAUCUCCGUCAGUUCGUGAUGCUGCAAUACAACUAGCCGGAAACUACCUUGCAUCACACCCUGAAGGAACUCAGAAGUAUCUAACUGCUAUCAGUGAACGAAUAAUGGAUACAAGUAUCAGUGUGCGUAAACGCGUAAUGCGUAUUCUGAAGAAUGUUUAUGUCAAUACCAGCGAUGUGAUGAUCUGGGUAGACAUAGGAACUAGGAUUAUAGAGCGAGUGGCAGACGAAAUAACAGCCGUUCGAGAUACGGCAGUGAAGAUCUCCAUGGAAACAGUAUUCCGGCCAUGGGCUUCUUCUUACACGCGCCACCAUAAAAACGGAUAUGCUGAAUUCGAAUACCUUCCACCAGAUUUCAAGCAAGAGAUUAUUCAAAGAUGCAAUAUUUUGUUGCAAAUAUUUUCCAGUCUGGAUAAAGUGGGCUGCAGUUCCAGUGUUGAAACACUUCUUCUCUUGAUAAUCGAAAACUUGGACGACAAAAAUCGUGUAAAUAUCAACAACAUGUUCAAGCUCAUCAUCGACUGCCUAUUUUCAGAACUGCUUCUACUAGAGGAUGCAGGUGACAAUACAUCCAUAACCAACUGCAUCGGCCUCAUUCACUCGUUCGCCAGAUCAUCUCCACAUCUCUUUACUCAAACCCUCAUGACCAUGUUAGAACCUUACCUGAAAUCUAGUGAGACUAGCGACCACAGAGCAUUAUAUCACGCAAUCAAAAUCUACGAUACCGUCCUUCCUGCUAUGAAACGACCAGAUCCAAUGUUCCUGGCCGACUCAGAACUUACCCUGACAAAGCUUUUGAUCGGUUGCCCUGCUAUGGUUUUGACAGCCGCUGUAUCAUGUCUGUCUACAAUAGCUCACAAGCUGACCAAAAAUUAUGACAAGUUAGCAAGCAUUAUGUACAACUGUUUAGGAAAACUCCGUCAAGACAAGAACAGUGUUAUACAACUUCAGCCAAUUACGGCGUCAACUCGCCUAAUUCGUUUGUGCUUAAUAGCUGGACUAAUAUGUCAGCACUGUAAUUUUGAUGCAAAUGAGGCAAUGGAUAAAUCUGGUCGACUGAAGGAACUGUGCCCGGAUGGUGUUGCUUCAGAGACAUUCGAGUUACUCUAUUUCUUUGCUGCUAACCGAGUAACGGGAGAGCACAUCAACCAGCAAGUUUCCAACCAGAUCAAGCUUGCAGCUCUACAGAGCUUAGGCUACUUGUACAUUCAAUACCCCAAAUACAUGGUGACGAAGAAAAGCACCACGAUGAUGGAUGAAAUGUUUGCCAGUCGGUUCCUCGAUUACAAAUCGCGAGUCAUGCGAGUUUUCUUGGACUUCUUAAUCGGUGAAGAAAAGCGCAUUAUCGAUCGUGAAAGAGAAACGAACAAGGAGCGUAAGGGUACGGAUAUGAUUCAGUUGUUAGGAAACGCAUCUGAGAUGGCUGAAUUAAGUGUUAGCAGCUCCUUGAUGCAACGCUAUCUCGAGAGAAUACUUCAAACCGCUUUGGAUCCCAAUGUGCUAUUGCGAAACUUGUCUUUCAAAGUCAUCACACGAAUAAUACAGCAAGGGUUAGCGCACCCUGUGAUUUGCAUGCCUACCAUAGUCGCUCUGGAAACUUGCCCUGAUCAGACAAUGCGGGAUAUUGCCUUUCAGCUUCACUUUCAGCUGAAUCAGAGACACCAGACACUUCUCUACAGCAGAAAUGUAGAAUGCGUUCGAGCUGCCUAUGACUAUAACUGUCGGUUAUCAGAAAUAGCCUCAACUGUCAACGGUCAUUUGGGAGAAGAGUUUGAUUAUGAAGCUUUACUACAACCUAUGUACUCGCAAAUAAGAGAGAAGCGCAAGUUCCGAAAUGACUUCUUGUUCGGUAUCGUAAACCUCUUUGAUCUUGAAGCACAUCAAGAGAGUCAGCAAAGCACCGAUAUAUACUUCUAUCGCUUUAUUGUACAAAAUUUAGUCGGCCUGCGAUUCAAAAUCGUUGAAGAACCUCUCUCAGUGAUUUACGCUAUCAACAAAAUUCUCUCCACGACAGCUAUGAACCUUAUGUCCAGUCUUAACCUAGCAAUAGAAGUCGAUGGCGAGGACGAACAAAGGGAUCUUCAAUCGGAGCGAAGUAAGAGACGUCGGCAGAGGAAUGAUACGAAGCGACAGCAAAAGGACGGCGAUAUGGAACUUGAUGGGGACCUCUCUAUCAAAUAUUCGGUAAUAAUUAGCAUGCUACUUCAAGCCAAAAAGGUCCUCAAACAAGUAUACAACCUGACCGAAGAGAAAUGCCAACAAUACCACCCAGAGGAUAACAACAGCUUCAAGGCUAAGGCUGCCGUCAGCCAACCUCCUAUACCAACUUACAAUAACCUACUAUUGGAAUUUCCGGUGUUUGAUACCAACGAGAACGAUGAGCGCACAGUGGAUACUGCUUGUAAAUAUUUUUCAAAAUUAAUGAUGGAUGACACACUUGGCGCCGCUAGCUUAGAAUAUGACGAAGAUCCCAUUAGUCCCAUACAAUCUGAUCAGGAUGGGCCAGACGAUAUUUUCAAUAAUUUCAACACCAGGAAAUUGACAGGCAAAAUUUCAUCAAAAUGA